AUGGACAACGAUGAGCCCAGUUCGUCGAUCAACAAGUUCGACCUGGAGCAACAACUCGCUUAUCUAAGUCAAGUAAGUCUCUUGUCCUUUUAAUUAAAAGUUUAGAAUAUGUGAAUGAUGACUUUUGCACAUAUAUGUGAUGACACUUUAUACACUUCUUUCAGUUAAACCAAACCCCGAGCUUCACUCAGAACACCAAUCCAAGUGAUUAUCUACAAAGUUUACAACUCCUAGCAUCUCAAAUCAAUUCGAAUAAUUCGAAUUCGACUUCUCGAAUUGGUAACUCCAAUCAGACCUCCUUGGAUGAGCCCGACCCCCCUCACAAUGCCCCUGCUCCAGCCGCCCGUGAUCCCACUUCCCAUAUCAGAAAUCGGAGAACCUUCUCGGGAUCAGGUACCACCAUCAGUCAGACGACUCGGGAUCGUCUGAAGACGAUGAUAGCCACCAAGAAGCAGAAACAAAGGUUGUUCAGCACGAACUCGAUCGGUUCUUCUUCCUCUUCCAUCAACAUCUCAAAUAACAACGCUAAUGCUUUCAGCGGCCUCAAUUCGACGACCGGAUCCGCGGCCAGUUCCGAAGUCAACCUGCUCAGUCAGUUGGCCGCCCAGGUGAACAACACUCCCUUGCUCUCGCAGAAGACCAGCAUCUCCAAUAUCCUGAAUGGAACUCCCCAAUUCGAACCUUAUGGGGCGCCGGGAAUGCCAAGUGCUGGUCACUCGAAUCAAUUGAACGAUUUCCAAUUACGGAAAGUCAAUUCGGAACCCAAUCUGAAGAUGAGAUUGAGAGCUCGACUUCUGAAUAAGGGAUCGAGUCCAGUCACCAAUCCCCCUCAUCCCUAUAAUAAUGUUACUCCUGGUCAUCACAAGCCCUUACAAAGGUGGGUUCUCUUUCAUUUCGAUUAUUUAUGUUUAGAUGUGACAGUGACAGUGUGUCUACUCAGAUGGAGUUGGGGAUGAAGACCCCACAAGAGGGAUCUAAUCUCCUUUCCCAUGCCCAGUCCAUAUCGAAUAUGGCGUCCGGUUCGAAUGUGGUCUUCCCCUCGCCAUCUCUGCCGAAUCUUUCAAACAACUUUGAACAAUUACAACAUGAUCUGAAUACACUCUUGAUGCAAGCCUCCUUUGCCAGUUUCCUUUCUAUGCCAUCGCUAAUUAAGAAUAACAAUCUAAAUCCCUACAACUCGAACGCAAUGCUGGAAUCAUUGCUAGAGAAGAAUGUCGCGGGCUCUAAUCCAUUGAACUUCCGAACAGCCAGCCAAUUACAUAUGGGUGGAUAUCCGAGUCUUCUGAAACAACAGUUGAGAGAUCUGGUGUUGCGGAGGAAGAGUCUGGUUAGGGAGGAGCCCGAAGAAGAACAUCUGAUGGGUGCUUUCACUCAGAGGUUUAGCAGUUUCAGCACUGGCGCUAGCGGGGUCAAGACUGGUAGGUCGGAAUUCAUGGUAAAGCCGUAGCGCUACCUUACUUCUGUAAUACCUUCACCAUAAUAUGACAAUUCAAUAAUUACAGGCAUUGUAUAUGAUGAAGCGAUGAGUGGCCACAACUGUGUCUGUGGCGACGACACCAAUCAUGUUGAACAUGGAGGCCGGGUCAGUUGCAUUUACAAGAGAUUGGGGGAUUGCGGACUUCUGAGUGUUUGUGAAAAGGUCCCUUCAAAGAAGGCGCCCUUGGAUCUUCUGAAGUUGGCCCAUUCUUCGGCCCAUGUCAAUUUCUUCGCGGCUUCGACCGGGAAUGGCUUCCGAUUGGAUGGGCAGGCUUUGGAGAAAUUUGUUCAGGUAAAAGAAACUUCUGAUUCAAGCGUUUAGAAUCCUUUGUGAUACUGUAAUAUAAAUUUCAGCUUCCUUGUGGUGGGAUUGGAGUGGAUGCUGACACUUAUUUCAACGCGGACUCCAGCAAACUUGCCAUCAAAUUGUCCGUUGGAAGCCUGGUCGAAUUGGUGACUCAAGUUGCUGAGGGAAAACUGAAGAAUGGAUUUGCUUGUAUCAGACCCCCAGGGCAUCAUGCGGAAAGAGAACAGGCAAUGGGAUUCUGUUUCUUCAAUAAUGUAGCCAUCGCCGCCAAAUAUCUCCAACGAACUUUCCCGAACAAAAGAAUCGCCAUUCUGGAUUGGGAUGUUCAUCAUGGGAACGGGACCCAGCUCUGUUUCGAGACUGAUCCUAAUGUUUUAUACAUCUCAUUACAUCGACAUGACAAUGGUAACUUCUUUCCGGGCACCGGAGCUGUCGUGGAUACGGGAAAGGAGGCAGGGAAAGGGUUCUCAGUCAACAUUCCCUUCAGCGGAGACAUCAUGGGCGAUCCGGAAUAUCUGGCAGCCUGGAGGGUCAUCGUGCUGCCGUUGUUGGACUCGUUCAGACCUGAGUUUAUCUUGGUUUCUGCUGGAUUUGAUGCUUCUAGAGGUCAUCCCCAAGCAUUGGGAGGGUAAGGAAAUUGAUCAAUCAUUAAAUAACAUUCCUUCAUUACCAUCAUUUCAGAUAUGAAUUAAGUUCCAAGAUAUUUGGAUACUUUACGAAAUCUCUGAUGGCAUAUGCGGAUGGAAAGAUUGUGUUGUCCUUGGAGGGAGGAUACGAGAUCAACUCCAUUUGUGAUGCGGCUGAGGACUGUGUUAAGGUACGUCUUUAAAUACUCUUCAAUAAUCAAAUUGUAGGCCCUAUGUGGUUCUGGCGGUGAUAUAACCGAAUUGAAUGCGGAAUCCUUAGAGAAGGUGCCCAACCAAGCAGCUCAGGAGACCAUCCAGAAAGUGAUCGCUGUCCACAAAAAGAAUUGGCCCGGUCUGACGGGCCUUCAGGGCAUAAAUAUGAGUGAAAUGCAUUGGCAGACGGUCUCCCAGGGCCUGCAAUCGCUGACAGUCCGAGCCUAG